UACACCACCCGUGGUAGUUUCUCAGCGAAUCGAACCACGAGCGGCGAAUCGACACUCAAAAAGCAAAAAAUCGAAGUCGAAGAGGAAGCCCGGAACCCGUUGCCGCCUCCUAUCAUUCAAUGCAGUCUGUAUGGCGUCGAAAUGCUCACACGAGCGUCAUGCGUAAACCACGCAAUUAAUUUACUUCUCAUUGACGAUAUUGUGUGGAUAUGGUGGUACGACAGACAAGGCGCGAUUCAGACUCAAGGAAUCAACUUCGUUCAGGAUCUUCCGCGCUUCCUGAUUCUGCUCUUCGCAUUUCAGCGGUUCAAGCUCGAGGACUGGGGGUUCAACACUACCCUAGAUCCCCAGUCUGAGGUCAUUCAUUGUCAUCAGAAAGGUACUGGAGGCAGUCGCACUGUUGCAGACAGGUGUUUCGACUUCCCGCCACCCGGAAUUUCUCUCAGCGAACCGGUUCAAAUCAGGAUCAACACUGGCAACCAAGUCCAUCACAUAUAUAGCUUGACUGGACGAGCCACGUCUGUCUUUGGCGGUACUGUGUGUCCGGUGGCUCCUAAGACGACCAAACGUUCCAGCAAGCCUCAGGGUUCUGGCGAGGAACUCGCGGCUGUCGAUAAUAUCAAAGUAUCCACGGCCCUUGAUGGGCCUCGGGAGGUCGUAGUGAAAAUUUAUUGGCCGGGGGAAUCGCACCUGAGCGAAGCCUACAUUCUUGACGUGGCACGCACACUCGGAAAGGAGAACCCUGAUAUCAUUGACCACCUUCCGCAGCUGGUUCUCUCUCAUGACUUCCCCGAGUAUUCGACAGGAUGUGUCAGGGAAAAGCUUGGUCUAAAGCCAUCAGAGGGACGGCGCCCCGCUCGUAUCCUUCGGCUGGCAAUAUUUCACCGACUCAAACCUAUCACUACGUUGGUCGGCGAGGAGUUCAUGAGAGCAUGGUUCGAUUGCGUCCGCUGCCAUUAUGCCCUUUGGGAGCUAGGCAUCCAACAUUGCGACCCCAGCUUGUCAAAUGUGAUGGUUGACGAGAACAAGCGCGGCAUCUUAAAUGACUGGGAUCUUGCGACCAUCGAAGGACAAUCAACCCACGAUGGGUGUGAUCGCCCUGGGACCGUGCCCUUCAUGGCUUUGGAUUUGCUCAGACAUGAUUAUUGGGAGGGCAAGAUCAAGCGCCAAUAUCGCCACGACCUCGAAGGCUUCCUAUGGAUUCUGCCUUUCGUUUCAUUGCAGUACGAGAACGGUGACCUGAUCAGGAAUCCGCCAUUAAAGUCAUGGAAUACGGGAAAUUACGCCUUCUGCAGACUAUUGAAGCUUGGCUUCUUGGAUGACAUUGAACAGGGAUCUAUACUGCUGAAGAUGAAGGCGAUACCUUCAUACGAGAUGGAAUGGAUCCUAUGUUGUGGCAUCUUACCUUCGAUUCACAAGAUUUGGUCCCCACAGUCCGGGUCAGCGUUUGACCUUCUUCUGGACAGAUCGGCCGGGAUGAAAGUCCCAGAGGAAUCUGACGUGAAGGAGGUGCCGACUAGGGAGGCUUACUUGGACUUUUGGAGGCGCGUGAAGGAACUUGCAAACUCACCACGAACGAAAAAGAUCAUGCCUAAUCUAUGGAAAUCGGUGCCUGUAGGGCUUGUAUAGACCCACCGCUCGGAUUGCCCCUCCCCUCGAAUUGCCCCUCCCAAACGUGAGGAUGACUAUGAUGCACGGCGGUUAGUUAGUUGUGGCUCAGGAGUUAGGUUAGAUGCCUGAAGAUUACUGUACAUUUCAUAUGCAUAAUACCCGUAAUUUACAUACCUCAGAGGACAUACAAGGCUCAAGGAGCUGUAAUGGUAGUGGUAUCACCUCGCCGCCGGAGUGUCUAGUUUAAAACUUUGUCUGUGAGUUAUGUCGACUGUUAC